AAGGCCUUCUAUUUAUUCACCUCUGACAGUCUGUUUUGUGUGUCCUGAUUUAUGUAAUAAAGCAGCCAAAAGGACAGAGCACCAUUAGCCGUGGAUGAACGGAGAGCGCAAGGUUUUUCGCCGAGCGCAGGAUCUGAGAGAUGGGAGCUACAGAGUCCCGCACCCAGUCCAGAAUGCUCCAGCAGGAUCGCCCAAACAACGCAGCCUAUGGAGGUGUGUCCUCCUCCCUGCGCCUGCUUAGCAAUGGCCCGCAGCAGUUCAACAAGAAGUUUGAGAAAGACAGCAAUUUCAACUUCCUGGGUGAAGAUGACGAGACACUUGGGGGAGACGAGAACCGUAAUCAGGUGAGGCCACGUUCCCUGGGGCCGCUGGGCCGCGAGUUGCCGACCCUGCUUCACCACACAGGGGUGCCUCUGGGGCCACUGUCCCCGCUAUCCCGCCUGCCCUGCUGGAGCCCACUGGAGCCCCUCCAGGAGGUGGAGAGCGGCGAUGAUGGAGGUGGCAGGGUGCCUCCAGAGGGAGCUGAGGAGGGCAGGAUAGACGAGGAGAUGAGGCGAAUUAGUGAUGGGGAGAAGAAGGACCUGGAAGAGUCCAGAGAGUACGGCGGUAAGGAGGAGGAAGGAGUGGAGGAGGAGGAUGAUGGGUUGGAGUGGGGCGAGAGUGAUGAGGAGUUUGCCUUCAGCUCCCACAGCGGCAGUGCCUCCUCGCUUGCUGACGGUGGAGAGGCUGGCCUUGGCAAUCUCCCAUCUACCUGGGACCGCCUCUGCAUUGGGGGUCCACCCACUGCGGAGCAAGACCACACCUUCUCGGGUCAACGCGGGGCGGAGAGAUUCCGAGGGAGCCUGGAAGGCAUGGAGCCAGGGGACGAGGAGGGUUCGUCGGACUCCGAGUGGGACGGCUGCGGUACCAGCGAUGAAGUGAUGGAGGCGCUGUGGAGUGCUCAAGACCGACAAAGUUUCAAAGAGAAAGAGAUGCAAAAGCACCAGUUGCAGCUCACCAUGUACCGGCGACUGGCGCUGAUCCGCUGGGUUCGAACCCUUCAGGCCCGCGUGCAGGACCAGCAGAACCGCCUGCAGAGCAGCUUUGACGUCAUCCUCACACACCGCAAAGAGCUCCUGCGCAUGGGAGCUGCUGCCAGCCACUGAGACAUGAGGAUGAGGAAGAGGAACGUUCAGAAAGAGUAGACAGGACUUGUGUAGAGAGUGGUAUCAUCCUGGGACUGUCACCAACCAUAAUAUUACAGCCAAAGACGUGAUCAGACCUUGUUCUGUGAUGGUCUCCCUUCCCUCUCUGACUCAGGGAUCAGUGUCGUGUAGGGUCUGGAGAUGUAGGCUAGUUAUUUCCUGGUGUGUGAUUCCUCUGUUCUAUCUUUGCACUCCUGGGACUGGCUGUGUAUGUCUCUGUGUGAGUGAGAGCAUGUGUCUGUGAUCUAUCUCUGUGUGUGAGCGGUUGAAUUAUAUGUUGUAUUUCUGUUCCCAGCCAGAAUUCUUGGACAGAUAUACUAAAAUAACCUCUAUAUAUGACCUUUAAAUUAUAUUAAAGUUUAUCCCAGAGCUUAUCAUAAAUGGAUCUAUAUUAUGUGGAAUAAAACAUCUGUAACACUU